UUGAAAAGUAGUCCGUGCGUCAUGAAUUACACGAGCCGUCUUGCCGGUGACUUCACAUAGCUCCUGAACCAAAGGGGCUAAUAUGUCGAUGGAGGAUCCUUUUUUCGUGGUUAAAGGGGAGGUGCAGAAGGCCCUGUCCAAGGCACAGGGGCUGUUCGAGCGCUGGGAGGACCUGCUUCAGGAGGAGACCCCUGUCAGCCGCGAUGAGCUGGACUGGAGCACCAACGAACUCCGAAACUGCCUGAGGGCCAUCGACUGGGACCUGGAGGAUCUGCACGAAACCAUCAGUAUUGUGGAGGCAAACCCUGGAAAGUUCCGUUUAGGAGAACAUGAACUCCAGGAAAGGCGGGAAUUUGUGGAACGAACUCGUAAAUCCGUGCAGCUGAUGAAGGAGCAGCUCUCUAGUCCCUCAGCUGUGGCUCAAGCAGAGAAGAAAAACAAACAGGCUCUGCUGGGGGCCACGGCAAAGGAUCGGUUCUCCGGUCUGGAGCCUCACCUGGUGUCUGCAAACUCCAGAUACAUUCAGGAGCAGCAGGAACAGCAGCAGCUGAUCAUGCAGGACCAGGAUGAGCAGCUGGAACUGGUCUCAGGCAGUAUCCGUGUCCUGAAGGACAUGUCCGGCAGGAUUGGAGACGAGCUGGAUGAGCAGGCAGUUAUGCUUGGCGAGUUUCAUGAGGAAAUGGACCAGACCGGUUCCAGAAUGGACUCAGUAUUGAAGAAAAUGGAGAAGGUUUCACACAUGACCAGCAGUCGGAGACAGUGGUGCGCUAUUGGAGUUCUUGUCAUCAUACUGAUCGUGGUGCUCAUUCUGUUAUGCGCUCUUUAAACCAGACUCUUCUUCAGUUUGGCCCUCCAUCAUGCCAAAAGCUUACAGAGGAAGUCAGAAUUUCACCACAAUUCUUCCACCUCCGCUUCCUUUGUCUUUGUGAAAAAAAGAGUUCAGUUAUUUUUUUUAGUCUUUUUACCUGUCUUUUGCCCUCAUCUAACCCAUAUGUCUUCUGACUCUCAGCAUUUUACUCUCUCUUACUGCUUUUAGAUUGAACUCUUUGUCCCAUGGUCUAUUCCAGAAUUUCACUGCUGCUGAGAUGGAAGUUAACAGUUAUUGCAUUUCUUAUGUUUUAUUGUGGUACAAGUGUGGAAUGAGGAAUUUGAUAUUGCCUUAUUAUAUUUUUAUAUGUGUAAUUAUUAAGCCAUAUAGGAAUUGUGCACAUUAUAAAUGCCCCUGAAAGAUGCUGACAAUACAUGUGCUGAUGGUUCACCAAGCACAAUGAAUAAAGCAGGCUCAUAGCGCCCCCCCCAGAUCUGUAACUGGCAGUACCACCAUCAAACAACCUCUGAUGAUGUGUAAAGUAAAUCUAAAGUAAGUUAUAGCAAGAAAAUGUAAAUUAUGUUUUUAAAGCAAAGUCACACCUUGAGUGUAACAUUGGUGCAUUUUACACCAUUUGCUCUUCCUUUAUGGAUAAAUCUAGCAUUUUAUUGCAUCAUUUGGGUGAGCUUAUGGAUGAUUGCUGUGUGUACAGUAAGUACUUGGGUUUAACAUGGUUUAAUGCAUUAUUGCUGUAUAUUGAAGUACUACUGUGGAGAUGUGUGUAGAGUCAUCUGACAUAUAGACAUUUGAAGGUGUGGGUUAUGCAUUCACUGCAUGCCACAGUGAUAUUUCAUACCCAUUACUCCUAUACAUAUAUAUUCGUCAUUUUAAUAAAACAAAUUUUUUAAUGGAAUCUGCACUUUUUAAUUGCAGUCCAAAUCAGGAAGAUGCAUGUUCUGAAAAGUCAGCUAAUGACUGAGCUGAUUAGACCCCAGAGUUAGGAUGGUUUACUUGAUAUUUCUAUUCCUGAACUUGAGCUCAGAUCUAAUAUUGUGCCCUUCUGUGGGUGUGCUAAUGAACAUUUUGUACUCCAAUCCUCCGUGCCAAUGAGUUGCUUCCAGUGUGCUCUGAUCUGGCUGUAACACUACAUGCCUCUGGGUGAAUGUAUUAUGUUCAGUAUCAAUGUGUUCCUCUUUCAAGCUUCAGCUGAAUAUGACAUACUUCAGUAUUGUUUUGUCUAUUAUAAUUUUGUAAUAUGAUAUAAAUAAACCCAUAAAUAGCUGAAAGUCAGAUUCAACAGCAAGCAUAAGAUUUUAGAAAAAUGCAAGCCUUAAAAAAAAAAGCCAAUAAUCACUUUUGCUCAAAAUGUGGAACAAGGUACUAAAAAAAGAUAAUACCCCUUAUAUUUGGUACAAGUGAUGUCUUUCAAUGCUGCCUACAUAAAUGAUUGUUUCAAAAAUCGAAUGCCCUUGUCACUUAUUUUUGUAAGCAUUUGUAUUAUAAAAAAAGUUUGCCUUUAUUUUGGCAUCUGAUUAAAGUAUAUGCCUUUGA